CGUGUAUUUCAGACAUAACGUGUAGUGCUGCGAACAAAGAGACGGAACUGUUGGAACAUCUCUUCACUGGUUACAACACACACGCGAGACCUGUAACAAACUCCAGUUCUCCUGUAAUCGUGGAUGUUUCAUUUUUCAUAUCGUCGUACGAAAUAGCAGAAGAAACCCAAGAACUAUUAACAAUAGGAUGGUUCUCGUUGACGUGGAAGAAUGAGUUGUUGGCAUGGAAUGUGAGUGAAUAUCCAGUUUCACAUAUUGUGGUGAGUCCCUCGAUGGUCUGGCUACCCUCCGUGACUGUCUUUAACUCGAAUGAUGAUAGAAAUGGUAUACUUAAGAGUAUAUCCAGCGUUCAGAUCUUUUCCGACGGGUUGAUGGCAUGGUGGCCAGACGCGGCCAUGAAGACUUCAUGCAUGAUAACCAUAAAGAAAUAUCCAUUCGACGAACAGAAAUGUACUAUUCACAUCAUAGCGUGGCUCAGAUCAGAGGCUGAGCAACAGUUUAUAUCAUCAGCAGACCAUAUAACGAUAACGUCCGAUGAAUUAAACACAGAAUGGGAAUAUCUCGGAUCAUCAAUACAAGUGGAGACAAGUGAGAAUGGACAAUUAUCUUCUGUGAAGUUUGAUUUAAAAGUUAAAAGGCGGCCCUUUUAUCAGAUAGUCCAUACUCUUAUACCUAUCAUACUUUUGUCAUACAUGAACUGUUUCAUUUUCAUCAUUCCUAUCAAUUCAGGAGAGAACACUUCCUUCGGGGUCGCAAUAUUUCUGGCAUUUGCUGUAUUCAUUGGCCCAGUGAAGGAGUCCCUCCCUGUGACGUCAACUGAAACGUGUAUUUUGACAGUUUAUCUGAUCGUCCAAUUCUGUGUUGGGGGUCUGGAGACUUGUUUGUCAAGCAUCACUCUACGUCUAGCGUCGAGAACAACACAAGUUCCUGUAAAUAGUUGGUGGAUUAAACUUGUUAAUAUAUAUUUCCUUAUAAAACAACAAAAAAGGAAAGUUUUCCCUGAACUGUCGCCAUCUGACACGCACAUUAUUAUAGAAAAAUACACAAAGGAGAAUGGCAAAGGAGAUGAAAGUAAAGCCCAGGUUAUCGGUACCAUUGCACUGCCCAGUUCAGAUGUCGACAUAUCCGAAGACAUAAGUACCUUUGCUCGGCCGCUAAGAGAUGUUGAUUUAGAUUGGACAGCGGUAGCAUCCAAUCUGAACUUGUUGUUUUUCAUGUUAUUUGUUUUGAUAAACACAAUACUUCUCAUCAUAUUUCUUAUAAUUACCAUGUCGUAAAUUCCUAGUACGCACAAGUAGCAGAACUUUUAGAGAAUGUAUAAAAUAUAACCGCAUCUGAACGGUGUAGACUUUUGUAAAUAUUCUAUUGUGACUGAACUCAUAUUCAAGAUCGUUGAACUUAUAUUUAAUAUAUGGCUAUGUAUCCUGUUACUACAUCUAAAGUGUUAUAUAUGGUGGAAACAUUUUCUGAAUUAUCUCUGAAAACAAAUUACGUGCGUUACAAACCCUGUUUAAAUUUAUAAAUCAUGAUUUGAGUUAAUAUAACGUAUAUCGAGGAAUUCCAAAGACGUUUAUUUUAGGAUGUAUUUUCGAUAUGAUUGUUGUUUUAUAAUCUCUUUUUCUGACUUUUUCUAGAGGGAAGGUAUUUCAGUCAGCCAAUAGUAUGUAGUAAACAAAACAGAUGUUCAUAGUAAAAAAACCCGCAUAUUUCGUAAUAUAAAU